GCGGCGCCCGGCGGCUGGCUCGCACAGUCGGGUUCCACCGCCCUGCGAUCCCCCCCGCCGCCCUGCGAUCCCCCGGCCGCCGCCAUGUCCUCCGGGGCCAGCGUGAGCGCCCUGCAGCGCCUGGUGGAGCAACUGAAGCUGGAGGCUGGCGUGGAGCGGAUCAAGGUCUCCCAGGCAGCUGCAGAUCUUCAGCAGUACUGCAUUCAGAAUGCCUGCAAGGAUGCCCUGCUGGUGGGUGUUCCAGCAGGAAGCAAUCCCUUCCGGGAACCCAGGUCCUGUGCUUUGUUUUAAAAGAAAAAGAAGUUGAGGAAUGCCUUCAAGUACAAAGUGAUGAAUGCCUCCAAGUCUCAAGAAAACACUUUUUUGUAGCCAAAUGACUUAUUAGAUAUUUCAGAUCUUUUCUGUGGCCUGGUCAUAUAGCUAGAGUUAUACAGAAAUUAAUGAUUUUCUACUCAAAUAAGGUAACUGAGUGAAGAAGUACAGUACUAAAUAAUAAUGACCUAGUUCUAUUGCUGAAGUACUUUUGUAUUAAGACAAACAACCACCUUUACCACCAAAUAUUCCAAAAUACACCUUUCAUAAGUGAAGUUCUGGUUUUGCUAUAUCCAGAAUAUUAUGUAUGUUUUAUUUACUGGAUGUUUACAUUUAGAAAGGAAAACAUUUUUUUGUUUAUUAAAACUGAGUAUUUGUAACGUGUUCUUAAGAUUUUUAUACUACAAUAAAAUUUGUUCUUUUCUCAUGAACUUACAGUUACUAAAUGAAGGUAAAGUAUAAAAUUCAGGAGGAUAAAUAGGCUUUACUAAUCAAAAGAUGUCUUUUUUUUUCUUUUUACAUGAGAAGACUUUCAUUUUUAAUGAGAAUGUAAUUUGUUUUCAACAUUAAACUUGGGAGAUGUAUCUUAGUAAACUUGAAAAGAUUAUUGUUAAUGAUAUGUAUUAGUUUCCCCAUCUUGUACAUGAAGAUUUGAUCUUUUUCUUCUUAAGUUCUUUUAUAGUUGUGGUACCUUACAAAAAACCCAAAAACUACUUUGUUUAAAAAAAAAAUGUUUAAAUUGUGACCUACAAACAGAACAUUGCAAAUGGUUAAAAACAAAGUAAUGUGAAAAUAUUAUAACCUAAAAGAAUUCUUCAUGUCACAUGGAUGUUGUGCCUCUCAGUUAGUUUUGGGAUACUUUUAGAAGAAGACUGUUUGUAAUAAUCUUUGACAAGCUUGGAAAUAAAAUUUCUGCUUAAUUCA